CGCGCCUCUCUCGCCUCUCGCGUCGGCAGGCCUCUCCGCAGCCGAGCUCGGUAAUCAGUGUCGUUUCCGCGGCAGCAGUGGCCACCACGCGGCAGAUUACGCAGAUUACACCGAACCCCCCCGCGUAUCCGACGGUUGUGACGCGCUUGUGACAGUGCCGGGGGUCCGUGGGCUACGCGAGCCUUGGCGGCUGACUCGCGCAGGGGACGUUAUCCAAGCGAUAGAAGCUUCUUCCCUUCCACCAGCAUCGUCAGCCGCAGCCUCUCCGUCUCCGGCGUGCCACGAAACCCGAGACAGAACUGUCGUUAGGCUUGAUCCGACCUGACGGACUUAUCUUCGGGCCACGAUGCCCGAUACGCUUCAUCGGUGGAGAUGACUCGACGCGGUGACAGUGCCCCAGGCUGCCCAUAGUGUUCACGAGCAUUGUAGAUCUCCGAAACCCGCGGAGAUAGGAUCGGUCGUCCGCCCGGAACUUCGUCGCGGAACUUUCGGGAUCGAGGCGAUGACGGUUGCUUGAGGGACGAGAGCCGGACCGUCAUGUCGAUCUCUUGAACAGAGGGACGCUGGAAGUUUAAUGGGGCGAUCCGCUGGUGCCGGGUCGGUCGGUUCGCGGCGAUGCGCCGGGUUCCGAGAAUAACGGGCCCCGCGAUGGCAGUCCGCGCGCAUUCCCGAUGAUAUUGCGACCGAUCGGAGAGCAGCCGGUGCGAUGACAGGCCCCAGUUGGUUGUCGCGUUGAUGGUAGUUCGCGGACCGUUUGGACAGUAUAAUACGAUGCUCGGUUGGUGGCCCGACUCUCUCUUGUCACGCGAGAAAGUGACGCCGCGGUAGGACCAAGUGCGAUCUGCGAUGCGUUCGAACGUCGCACCGGCGAAGUAAUCGGUAGCCUGGAAGCAGCCAGCAGCCAGCAAAACGAGCCCCGACGUGCGAGAAGGGAUAUCAUGAGCAGCAGCGAGGGGGUGGUGACGGGCCAAGGAACCGGCAGCGAUCGGCUGUGCGAGGACGUGGACAUGGCGACCCCGACGUCGGCGUCGUCGAACCUGAAGCCGCGCAGCGGCAAGAUCAGCUUCAGCGUGGACUCCCUGCUGAGCGACAUGAAAAAGACAGCGGUGACCGGCGGGGGCGUGGGCGCGUUCGCCAGGCGAGAGGCCGAGGACCGUUUGGAGUCCGAGAAGAGCCUGGACAUGGAGACCAGGUACCGGGAGCUGUUGAUCGAGCAGCAGAGGCUGCAGAGCCGGGAGCUGCUCGCCAGGCUGAGUCCCCACGGGCUGACCUUCGGCAACCAUCACCAUCAUCAUCCGAGCAGGCUGGAGCAGCAGGAUCAUCCGUCGGCAGGCCGGCAGGAGAUGCUCACGGUGAAGGACUUCUCGCGGACGACCAGCCACGACAAAUCCUCCUCGCCGAUUAGAAUAGACCCGGAGGCGCAGCGCGACAGGGACGACAGACGACUGUCGUCCUCCGGCUCGCCGGCCAGCAGGAUCGCCGAAUCCAUGAUACAGCGCGGGGGCCAGGAGGAGGACGAGAGGAUCGACAGGAUCACGAAUCCUCGAUCGGUCUCGCCGGCCAGCAGACGCGAGAUCCUCGACGAUAGAAGCGACUCCGAGGCGAAUCGGUCGCUCGAGGGCGACAGGACCGGCGACCACCUGGACCUCGAGGACCAAGAGAUCCGAAGCAUCGGCCAGUCCGAGGACCUGAACGUGAUGGACUCGGACUGCGAGCUGGAGAGGGACAUCGAGGCCAGCCAGGAGAAGGAGGAGAAGUCCAGCCCGGUAGUGCCGCAGCCGAUCCAUCCGGGUGUCCAGAGGCCCUCGCAGGGUCCGCCUUACCUCGCCGGUGCACCCGGCGCCCCCGGAUGGAAUCCCGCGGGAUUUCCGCAUUCCCUCGCGGGGUUCGCGUGGCUGCCCCCACCCCCGCACCCGCACAACCCUCACGGACACCUCUACACGCCGCACGGAGGACCCACCAGCCCAAACGGCGACUUGAGGCUGCCGGGUCCAGGGCCAGGGCCGGUCAGGUGCACCCUGAGGAAGCACAAGCCGAACCGAAAGCCGAGGACGCCGUUCACCACGCAACAGCUGCUCUCCCUCGAGAAAAAGUUCCGCGAAAAGCAGUACCUGACCAUCGCCGAAAGAGCGGAGUUCUCGUCCUCCCUCCACCUCACGGAAACGCAGGUGAAGAUCUGGUUCCAGAACAGGCGGGCGAAGGCGAAGCGGCUGCAGGAGGCCGAGAUCGAGAAGCUGAGGCUGUCGGCGCGGCCGCUGUUGCACCCGAGUUUCGGCUCGGGCCUGAUGUUCUCCGGAGUGGGGCCCCCUGGAACCCCAGGAGUGCCUCCCUUCAUCGCGGCGGCCAUGGCUAGGCACACCCAUGUCGCGGCCGCGGCAGCCAUGUUCAUGGGGCCCCCUGGACACAGGCCUUAAUAAGGCAGAGCGGAGACGCGCGGGCGCAAGUCGCUCGCACCCUAGCCGCUCUGCCUCUCCAAUUUCCGAUGGAUCUCGGCCACGGGGGUUCCCGGACGAUCCCCGGGCGAUUCCGGCGAUCCUCUGGACACCAGCGAUUUUCCACGGAAAAGUGCGCCGAAGUCGAUUCCUUCCUUGGAAAGAAAGACGACAAGAGACUGUAAACUCGAAGGACAGGCGAUCGAGCUGUAAUCUCGAAGUAUCCGAGAGCGAUCGAGCAUCAGGGAUGGCGCCGAGGAUACCGAUGCUUCGGCAACGUCUCGGGCGGGAAGUGAAAUGAGUUUCAGAGGACUUGGGGACUGUGACACGAGUGAAACCUGUGAUACCUCUAGCAUAAUCUAAGAUCGUCGGUCCGGGUAUCGAGAUAACGAAAGCGGAUUUCGGAAAAGCCGGGACGCCGGAUCUCGCGUUUGAAGAAUCGAAGAGGGGAUUCGGAGAGACUCGGAGUCCAAUCGAACGAGGUAAAUACGUGACUCUAACUCUCGGUGAAGUGAACGCGAACCGAGACUUUGACUUUGAAAUAAUAAAUCGGCGGCCGCGUUCGCCGUCGCGGAGGUAGAGCCGGACGAGAAACGAGCGGAAGAAGAUCCCUCUUCGUUCGCGUUUCGCCUCGAAACACGUUCGUCGCUCAGUGUCCAAACUCGACGAUCCCGCGGAAAGAGAGCUCCGUGGAUCGCGUAUCGCGAGCGAGAGGGAAAGAGAGAGAGAGAG